GUAUCUUUACGACAAUCCAAAACAGAAUAGCGAAAGGGUGGAUGAAGCCGUGGUAAAGUUCUUGUGUAGGUUAAAGGGGAAGUUAAAGUCCAAGUCGCUGGAUCCAAUAUUUACCAUUGACAUGGACCAUGAUGUUUUUCGUUUUUUGUUUAAUGGAAAAGGACAUCCCGCAAACAUGGCAGGUGCAGUUCUUCUUGAUAAAGAUGAUUUUGAUAGGAUGCCUCUGCUGGAUGAAUCAUGGUGGUAUUGUUUAAAGAAGAAUGGGGAAGGAAGUAAAGUUGACUUUCCGAUCAGAGCUAAACCAAUUCUGAGAAAGACAACUUCGCAUUAUAUUCUAGAUGAAAGCAAUGCUCUUGUACAAGCUCCCUCAUUUGUACAAGAGAUUGUUUCAUUCUAUGUUACAACUAACCCUUGCAGUGUAGACAGUUUAACGGAACACUGA